AUGGCAGGGGAUGAGGGGCAAGGUCGGCCUGCAUGGGAGGGGAUGCAUGGUGGGGAAUCAGUGGCAGUGCAAGAGGAAUGGGGGGUGAUAAGGGCGGGAGGGAAUGACGUGGCAGGGCUGGCGGAAGUAGGGGAAAGGCAGGCGGAAAGGGAGGGGAUACAUGGAGGCGGAAGCAGGGGCAAGAGCGGACGGCUAGGGAGGGGAUACAAGGCGGGGAAUCAGGGGCAUACCCACCCAGCUCCCAUCAAAGGAGGCAAGGAUAACCCACAGUGGUGCGAACUCAUACGAGUGAGACGCCCUGCUACUCUUCUGCAGUCGCGGCAGCGCGUAGCGCGUACAGCAGCGGCCAUGGUGCGCAAGGUGGUGCGCGGGCGCGUGGAGCCGCUCGCCGCCGUGGUCUCUCCACAGCAGGCGGCGGCGGCAGCGGCGCGCAUAUCACGAUCGCUGGAGGAGGAGCGCGGCAACGCGGACCGACUGAGGCGAUUCAAGCAGGAGAACGCGGUGCUCUGCACGCUCGUGCGCUCGCUAUCCGACAAAACAAGCCACGCUGUCAUGCUCACGCUGCUGGUGGGAGAACGAUUCCUGCAGAUGGCGAGUGGCAACACGCACUGUCUGCCAACCCUUCCUCAUUCAUCCAGUUUCUCUGCUCCCGUUGCCUCUCCCCUGCUCCCGCUGCCUAUCCCCUGGUGCCGUUGCCUCUCCCCUGCCCGUUGCCUCUCCCCUGCUCCCGUUGCCUCUCCCCUGGCCGCAGCAGCCACACAAGCAACAUCCCCUCUGCUGGACGGCGGUAUUCACGCGGAGAGACCAGCCCACCAGGCGCUGCAAGGGUUGUUCCGCCGCCACACAAUGCUCGCUUUGCUCCACGCACUCUCCCACGCGCUGCCUGUGCUCGUCCCAUCCCAUUGGUUCCCAUUCGGCCGGGCAGCUGAUCAACACCUAGUUACUAACGACCACACUGGGGAGCAGCCUCUAGUCUCAGCGCUUAGCCUCCCACACACGCGGUGUGCGUCUCACACUCUUUGUGCCGCCCUCUCUCAGGUUCCUUUUGGCCGCGCAGCCUUCUUCCCCGGGCGCCUGGUCCACACCAACGAGCUCACCCUUCUACUGGGGGACGGGAUGUACGCUGAGAGGUCUGCCUCCCAGGCGCUGGGGGUGCUGCGGCGACGUGGCGCGAUGAUAGAGCGCCAGCUGGAGGGGUGCCGGGCGAAGGUGGAGGAGCUACGUGGCGAGCUGCGAUUCGCCGAGCAGGCUGGGGCGGAUGCUGAGGUGAGUGAGGGGCGGGAAAGAGAAGCUUCUGCGAGGGUGAUGGGGGGGGAAAGGGGAGGGGGUGGAGGAAAUGGAGGGGGUGGUGAGGGGGAUUGUGCGCGGUGGAUUGAACGCACGCUUUUCCCUUACUGCCCCGAUCAGUGCCGUUGGUCGGCGCGGCCAAUUGCACUUCCUGGACACGCCUCCAUUGCUUUCUCACGUCCCCACCUGCCACUCCCGGCAUCUUCUCCUUCUUCCCUUGGCUUCCUCUCUCUUCACACACUCUUUCUCUCGCACACUGGGGCACAACAGGAGGGGUGUGUGGAGAUACACGAGUAUGAGGAGGAGGUGGAGGGGGACGAGGAGGAGGAGGAAAGAAAGGAUGAAGGAGCACGGCAAGGAGAGGAGAUCAGAGUAGGCAGUUCAAAGGGGGGGGCAACAGGGGGGGAUCUUUGCAACAUGGUUGGGACGUCUAGAGAAGCGGAUGGUGGGAGUGGUGGUGCGGACGAGGAGGAUCGGCGCAUUGAGGCUCUGUUCGCCGAGAUGGAAGCUGCAGAGGCGGCUGCUGCUGCUGGGGAUGAUGAUGAGGAGGAGGAGGAGGAGGAGGAGGAGGGAAGUGAGGAGGAAGAAGAGGAGGAAGAUGAUGAAGAGGAGGCAAUGAGGAUCGGUGCAGUGGGAGGGCAGCAGCGAAAGGCGGUGGAGGGAAUAAGAGCAGCAGCGGGGCAGGGAAUGCCCCCUUCACAGAAGCUGAUGGAGGGCGUGUCGGCAAUGAGGAUAGGUGCUGCAGGGGGAGGGCAGCAGGGGCAGGCGGUGGAGGCAGGCAGAGGAGAAGCGCAGCAGGAAAUUCCCCCUUCACAGGCGGAGCGGAGGGAGAUGGGGCCAUCAGCCAGGAAAGUCAAGGUGAGGCAGGGAUGA